CGGAUACUUGUAUGGACUAUCAAGAUGACACGGUCCAACAAGACUAACCAGCACAUUGGAAACGGAGGACGACGGAGGCUUCGUCCCCAGCGCCAGCAGCCUCCGAGAUCGAGUAUCCAUCUUCUAUUUCCUUAGCAUAUCGCGUCAUGCGACUCAGUGUCUUUUUUUCCUUCUGCCUUGCGAUAGAUACUUAGUGACUUGAAGGUCAGGCCCAUUCAUUGAUAACCUUUUUUCAGCUUCAUAUCUGCCCCCUCUGCGUUCUCACGUAUCAUCCACGCCUGCAGGGCAGUUUAACCAGUGCACUAUGGCCUCAACGCUUGCGACGUCCUUCUCACAAAACUCCUCCGCUGCCGCCGUCAUCGUCCCAUCGAAACCCAACGCUUUGACUGUUUCCUACAAGCAGUUAUCGCAAGACAUUGUCAAUUUUCAGAGCAAACUCGCCGAGCUGGGAAUAGGUCAUGCGGACGCAGUGUCGAUAGCAUUGCCCAACAGCUAUGAGUUCAUCGUGUCUUUCCUUGCAGCCUCAUAUCAAAGAGCUAUCGCAGCCCCUUUGAACCCUGCGUAUAAACAAGCCGAGUUCGAGUUCUACAUUGAAGAUCUGUCUUCUGCUGUCGUUAUUGUACCGAGAGGCUCGUAUGCAAAAGGUGGACCAGCAAUCAAGGCUGCUCGGAAAUUUCAAGCUGCUAUCGCAGAGUGCUGGCUGGAUGGGGCUACACCAAUUCUGGACGUGAAGGAGCGCGGUAAACUGGCAAAGAGACAGGCUCAGAGAGUAUCCCAGGCUCAGCCUGAGGAUGUUGCUCUGGUGCUGCACACGAGUGGAACUACAGGAAGACCAAAGGCAGUUCCUCUGACUCAUCGGAAUCUUACCAGGACGAUGCUCAACAUACAACGCACAUAUGAACUGACGUCCAACGACCGGACCAUGCUCGUAAUGCCUCUUUUCCACGUUCACGGCCUUUUGGCUGGGUUCCUCGCUCCACUGAGGUCAGGCGGGUCAGUGGUUGUCCCUGCGUCAUUCUCUGCCCGAUCAUUUUGGGACGACUUCAUUACUCAUAAAGCCAAUUGGUACACUGCUGUGCCUACGAUUCACCAGAUCUUGCUCAAGAACCCGCCCCCAAAGAGCAAGCCCAAGAUCAGGUUCAUCCGAUCAUGUUCUUCUCCGUUGUCACCAAAGACGUUCUAUGAGCUUGAAGCCACAUACGGUGCUCCGGUGCUGGAAGCAUAUGCAAUGACAGAGGCAGCUCAUCAGAUGACGUCAAACCCAUUGCCUCACAAAGGCAAAAGGAAGCCCGGGACUGUGGGAGUUGGGCAAGGUGUCGAGGUCAAGAUCCUAGAUGAGCAAGGAGACGAGGUGCCGCAAGGGGCGGCUGCCGAAAUCUGCAUUCGGGGAGACAAUGUUACCAAAGGCUACAUCAACAACGAGAAAGCCAACAAAGAAGCAUUCACCAAAGGGGGCUUCUUCCGGACAGGGGAUCAGGGCAAGAAAGAUGAAGAUGGCUACGUGAUCAUCACUGGUAGAAUUAAGGAGCUCAUCAAUCGCGGAGGAGAGAAGAUCAGCCCCAUUGAGCUGGACCACCUUAUCGCCACAAGUCCCGAGGUCGGAGAAGCUGUCAGCUUUGCGAUUCCAUCAGAGCUCUAUGGACAAGAGGUCGGAGUUGCUGUCGUUCCCAAGCCAGGAAGGAAUGUUACAGAGGAUAGUAUUGUCGAGUACGUCGGCAGCCGGACCGCCAAAUUCAAGACACCGAGUCGUGUCUGGAUAUUGAAAGAAAUACCCAAGACAGCUACUGGGAAGAUUCAGCGACGGAAAGUCGCUGAUUCCUUGCUGGCUAAAGAUAAACCAAGAGCAAAACUUUAGAUGUAGACGUAGAUGCAUUGUACAUAAGGUUAUAUAGACAAAGAUCUUCUCAAGAGAUGAUCGACUAGCG